GGAGAGACGCAAGGAGCACAGAGCUGAGUUACUGAAGUAAACCGAUUCAUUAGUUCUCUCCGGAUCUGAGACGCUUCAGUAUGCUAAAUGAAACAGACCUCUACCUGCCGCUGUCUGAGUAUGGCUUCGAGCGGAGGUUUGACGAGAGAGGAGCCAUCCAAUGGAUGCAGGCUAACUGGUGAGUUAACUAACAGGUGACAUUAAUACUUUGACAGUCAAUGAUUGAUUAAAUCAGGUGUUCACAAAAAUUGGUGAAAUGUCUCCAAACUAUCAGGAGAGGGUGAAUCUUUCUGCCAAACGGAGGUUUCCUUAGUCUGAACAUUUGUCAUUUUUAAAGAACCCCGUUUUGAUUAAAAGUGCUUUCUGUCAAAAGUGUGAAUGGAGGCGGUGACAAGUUGAUGAUGUUCCAAUGUCUGCUUCGAUUUACAUUUCGUACAACAACCCGCUUCCCCCGCUCCUGACCAAUCACCCGAACCGGUUUGAUCGAUACUGAAGAUUCUCCGCUGGGAAGAGAACAGGCCAAGAGCUGGGUCAGGGUCAGAUCAGAUACCUGCUGGUUUAGGGUUAGGAAAAACGAGUUUCUGAUUCUAGCAGUUUAUGCCGAACAUUAGAGCUGAAUUGGCUCAUUCAGAAAAUUAAUGAAAAUCCCGUGCGUGAGAAUGUUUGCGCACAGAAACCGUAAAGAACUCACAAUCCGGUUUUAUCUGAAUGAUGUCCGGCCCUUUUAGUGAGCAGGCGCAGAUUCUAAGUAAACGUUAAAGCACGCUGUUGUUUAGGAUUCUCGGAAUCACGCCGGGCUCAGAGCAGUGUUGCAUAAGUCCAGUCAGUAUGCGGCUAUACAAGUAUGGAGGUGAGUCACCGGUAUGAUGAUGUCAGACAUUGGCAGGUAUUUGCAGUAUGUCUAUGUACUUAAACGACCAGGUAAUACCUGUCAAUGCAGUCCCUCCCAGCGAUGAUCAAGUUUUACAAUAUUUGAAACUCACAAUCAAUUUCAAAGUCACAAACAUCUUUUUCAUAUGAAAUUUGGUGUUGCUAAAUAAUGAAUUACUAUGAAUCUAUCACGAAUACAUAUGUUUUGAUCAUUUAAACAUAAAAUUAUAAUUGGUUCUUUAUUGGCCUGUGAAGUGUCAUUAGAAUAAAGAAGCAUUUUUCCUGGGGAUUGGCGUUUUCGUUAUCAUUAGAGAUUUUAAAAUGCUAUACUGUCCAGUUUACUAAUAUUCUCCGGUGUCAAACAUUAACAUUUGAAAUUGAACAUUAAACAUUAUCAGUGUUUUUUUCACAUUCCAGAAUAAAUUAAUAUUUUUUCAAUAACAAAUUCCAGGGUUCCUAUGCAAGUAUUAAAAGUAUGAAAAUUAAGUAUGUAUUGGUAUGGAAAAAUAUGUAUGUUUCCAGACUAUGACUACAGUUCUAAAAUGCUGUUCUCUAAAAUGGAAAAGUAGGUAUUUCCAAAAAUAAUUCUAAAGAGUAGGGUUUGGAAAAGUAUGGAAAUUCCAACUGUGCAGGAACCCUAGAUUUCAUUAUACAGUACAAACGGUGUAAUGCAAACAUUGAUAGAUUUUUUUUAUUUGUACUUUUACAUUUUAUUUCUGCCAGUUUUUUUUUUUUUUUUUUGGAGUAUUUUUUAUGAGUAUUUUUAAUAUCUGAUAUCUAAGAUACAACCCAUGUCACAGAGGCCAACAUUAAUGUAAUCUUUGCUAAAUAAAGCUAGAUUUCUUCCUUAUCAAUUUUUUGUAUCUUUUUAAAGAAAUUGUAGGCCUAUUAAAUACUUAAUGAAAUAAUGAAAAAUCAGUUUAAAACAUGUUGUUGAUUAGGAUAACCAUGUUUAAUGGAUUAAAUAUAAAUCAAAAAUUAACCUUCGAGACUGGUAUUGAGCCACCUAAAGGACAUCACAGGCCCCCCGUUGGACUCCCUGCAUUUUGCCUAUCGUGUGAACAGGUCUGUGGAUGAAGCAGUAAACUUGGGGCUGCACUACAUCCUGCAACACCUCGACUCUGCAGGGACCUACUGUCAGAUCCUGCUCAUUAACUUUAGCUCAGCAUUUAACACCAUUGUUCCUGAACAUCACUGUUUGGUUUCAGUCUGCCACCAACCCCUUACAGACCCCUCACACCAAGGACACAAACUGUUUAAACUCCUCCCCUCAGGUAGAUCACUGUGGACCAAAACUAGCCAAUACAAAUACAGUCUCUUCCCCCAGGCUGUUGGUCUGAUGAAGUCCUAGCAUUCACAAAGACACAGAAAGACCACAAUGACAGUAACAGACUUUAUAAAUGUUAAACAGUUUAUUUAUUUACAGUCGACAUCAGACACAGACCUCUACACACUGUACUUUAUAUUCAUUUCUAAUGUUAAUACUGUUAAAACACAAUGUAUACUUACCUCACACACAUAACCCACCUGAAAUAUAAUGACGUUUAUAUUUUUCACAACCACUCUUCACUCCAUUGCAUUCUUUAUCAUUGCACCAGUCUUGUAUAUAUGUCAAAUGUCUAUUUCGAGCUUGUACGUACUUCGGGAUUUUUGUCUUAUAUAACAUUUUGUGUUUAAUGUUUGUACAUGGCGGGCAAAAUUUACUAGAAUUCCUUGUCUGUGUACACAUACUUGGCCAAUAAAGCUGAUUCUGAUUCUGAAAACAUUCUAACUUUGUGUUUUUCAUAUUAAACAUUUCAUUUCUGCCAGGUAGCUGUGUUUAUUUUGCAGUUUUAACAUUUUUAUAUUGUUUAAUUUUUUUUAUUCCCUUGGUUUCAAAUUAACCUUUGGUUUAAAUAUUUAACAUAUUAUAAUUAUUCAGCACAACCAUUGUAUCCUGAUGGUGAUCUUAAACAGUAUGUAUGUGUGUGUUUGUCCUACAGGAGUAAGUCGUUUGUGUUCAGCGCUCUCUACGCCGCCCUGGUGUUUGGAGGUCAGCACUUUAUGAAGCCGCGACCCAAAAUGAACCUGCGGAGGCCACUCAUCCUCUGGUCGCUCAGCCUCGCUAUCUUCAGGUAAUAACACCUAUUACUGUCUCUCUCCUUGCAGUCAGAUAUCUACAGCUGUUACGGUAGAAUAUCAGUCAUAAAACUCUCAUCUCUAAUGAUGUUUUGAUCCAUAGGCCUUUAUGAGAUAAUACAUCCAGAGAUACAGGAAAUGUAGGGGGCUGACAUAAUCUAAACCAAGUCAGUGUCAGGAACUGAUCCUGUGACCAGUACAACCAGAUCUGCAGAUGAACCAACUCCCCCUCAGAAACGGUCAAGAUUACUGCUAAAAACAGUCUAACAAAUUAAGUCUCAGUGAGUUUGUUGUAACUGAAAAAUGUGAUCCAGUGUGUUAUUUUGAAUGUUUCAUGACAGAAUUGGAGUCAAAUUUUGGAGACAUGAUUAAACAGUGUCCAGGUAAAUGCUAGAUCAGAGUUUGCCUAGGUGAGACUGUGUUUAUGAGACGGAGUCCUCUCCAUCCAAACAGAAAACAGGCACCAAGCUGUUCAUCUGUAAACCACACACUUUUUUAACAGCGUCUUUUUCCAUGGUAACUACUUAAAAGCCAUUGUUGAGGGGAGGCUCUAUUCAAACAUACUGUCUCUGUGGUAACAAGCUGACCAUAUUUUACCUGGAGAUAAUUGCAGCUCAGGUGUGUUUGUUUCCUGCCUGUUACCUGCUGCUUUGCUCAGAUAACAGAGCUGUGGGUCAACGUGGAGCACCUUCUAAUAACAGCUUUAGGUUCUAGCAUCCACUUACACUAGCAUAACACACGGCCAUCACGCUCUGAGGUUUGGGUUUCAUCAAGGGUAAUGUAGGCAGCAGGAGGGGAGGGACAUGAUACCUGCUGUUUUGCUCUUCUCUGAGGUGUCUCAUCUGUGAAGGACUCUAAACUCCUCUUUAGAGGAUCUUUGACACCCUCUGUUGGUCAAUUUUAGUCCAGCUCCAGCCUCUGCAUUUGAACAGUGUUUGAGCAGCAUGUUAGAAAGUCCUGAUGUUGGUUGGGUCUUUGCAUAGCUUUAGGCAGCUGGUUUGAUUCUUACCGACUCUGAGCCAGUCCCUGAACCCUUCAGCUAUUAACUAACAGCUGUCUGUAUCUCUGGUAAUGACAGCCAGUUUCUCUGUAUUUCUGGUGAACCCUGUGGUUCUUAACAACUUCCAGCACAGACGUCCUUUUCUGACCACUGCAUCGUUUUUAGUUUAAUCAGCAACCUGAGGUGGGGCCGUGUGAUUUGAUCAAAGUAAAGAAAGAAACAAAGAGGCUUGGCUUUGGCUAACUGUUCAUCUUUUUGUUGUGAGUCUGAGCUUCAUUGUAAGUAGUAGGUUACAGAGGAUUGCCUCUGUGAAUGGGUUAGGUUUACUAACAGGAAGCUUUGUCUGGUCUGUCCUCAAGAGGAGAAGAAAAUGACAUUCAGAAUGUUUGUCUGUUUUAAAGGAUGUUCAAACCGUAAAUUCUGAUGGAUUCAGAGAAGUCAGGAAAUCUAAUCCCUGACUGUUGUUUUGUAGCUCAGCAUCAAGCAGAUUAGUGUCUUGGUGUAAAUGUUUGAUCCAGCAUAGAUUGUUAGUUGACCUUCAUGCAUAUAUCUGUGUAAUGGAGACAAAGACAUCCUCCUCAGAUUACUGAUGAUGGGAACUUUGAUGUCAUCAUGAUGCACUGAUCCUCCUUCUUUUCCGCUAAAUACAGUUUUUCCUGCAGAUGCCAAAGCCUACUGACGCAUGCUUGGUCAAUACACUUCUCAGACUCUUACCCAGAACGCCUCCAAUACUGAUAUCAGACCCUUGAGAACAGACUCUGUUUUUAAUGAAUAUUUUUAGGUUACACUGAGGGGACUCCUGAUUUGUGGAGUGAGCAGGUCAGUAGAGGCUCUGAAAAUGGAUUCAGUGUCUCUACAGGCUGUGAUGAUUACAGAAGACAUCUGAGCCUUUAAAUGUCAGGCUCAUGUUGUAUUCAUAUCCCUGGUUUAUGUCUGUGUUGAUGUUAAAUUGUUUUGUUUUUAUCGAAUGUAGUGUUUGAAUUAGCCUUUUCUCUGUGGAUGGAUAGGAAACAGCACAAGCUGCUACCACUUUGUAAUUUAUCCCUCCAUCUGUCUGUGCUGCUGUCUGACGGAUCCUGUCCUUCUUCUUCUGUGUUUUAUGUUUGUGUUUGUAGCAUCAUUGGAGCAGUUCGGACCGGUUCCUAUAUGUUCCACAUACUGAGUAGCAGCGGCUUUAGAGGUUCCAUCUGUGACCAGAGCUUCUACAACGGACCUGUCAGCAAGUUCUGGGCCUACGCCUUUGUGCUGAGCAAGGCUCCAGAGCUCGGUAUGACCUUAUAAUAUCUAGAAUAUUAAUAUUUAUGACUAUUUAUACUAAUGACAGGUACGGGGGUAGGUGUGGGCUUAAUAUGGAAACGGAGUAGUCUCAGUUCACACAGGUAGGAGGUUACAUUUCAAAGAGCCCAUAGUUCAUUAUUUUACUACCUUGUGUAAUUGUCAAAUAGUAUACUUUUUUUGUGGGUUUUUAAAAUGCUUUUUGAAAUCCUUUUUUUAUUUAUAGUUAAUUUAAUACUUUUUUCAUGAAAAACGUUGAACUAUUCAUUUUUUUCAAACUAUAUGACAUAAAUACAUUAAGAAAAACAGCCAGAGGUAAUUUUGUUUGUAAGCUCUUUUGUUUAUGUAGUGUAUUAACCCAAAUAUAAAAAUACCUUUCCUGCCCCCUAAAUACAUCUCAGAAAAGUGGGAUCCUAUGUUUGUUAAUCUAAAAUAUACUGCUGGAAAUGAAAUGUUACCGUGUUUACAUCAUCAGCUCUAACAGUUUGAUGUAGCAACUGAGAGUAUAAUCCACUCAGACUGUUAGUUUAACAAAUAAAACCUGAUAGUAAAUGAUUUAAAGCUGACAUUUAACUGACAAAAAUGAAAGCGAUAACAGAAAGGCAAUAAUAAAAGGGAAAUAAAUGUUUUAAAGUCUUAUUGGCAAGUGAUUUAAAACCUGCUUUGUGUCUGUUAGGUGACACAGCCUUUAUCGUGCUCCGGAAGCAAAAGCUGCUCUUCCUGCACUGGUACCACCACAUCACUGUGCUGCUCUACUCCUGGUACUCCUAUAAGGACAUGGUGGCCGGGGGAGGCUGGUUCAUGACCAUGAACUAUGCUGUGCACGCACUCAUGUACAGCUACUACGCUGCCAGAGCCGCCGGCCUGCGCGUGCCACGCCCGUUUGCCGUGCUCAUCACCAGCGCUCAGAUUGGGCAGAUGGGGAUGGGGCUGACGGUGAGCGCACUGGUGUAUCGGUGGAUGCAGCACGGUGGCUGCCCCUCCCGCCUCGACAACAUCGUCUGCGCUGCACUGAUGUAUCUGAGCUACCUGCUGCUUUUCUCCAACUUCUUCUAUCAGACCUACCUGCGACGCCACGACAACACUGUGACCACCAAGACCACAGAGACAGUCAAGAUUACCAAGACUGAGUAG